UUUUGAACAAUUCUAACAGCAACAUUUUCAUCAUUAUUCUUAUAAUUUUACAAUUUUGUCAUAACAAUGGCUGUGCCCUUUUAUUUGCCAGAGGGUGGUGCCGAUGAUACCGUAUCAUCCGGCGGCACCACUUCAUCCGAUGGCGCUAGCAGUGCAGCUAGCUCUUUGCAAUCCUCCCCCAAUACCACCUCAUCGGCCACACAAACACCCAUGCAGAGUCCUUUGCUGCCGGGUGAUUUAUUUAUGGCCAUAUACGAGGUCUUGUAUCGUUGUUCAGUCAAUUCAGGUGCACCCGUUUUCCAAUACCCAACGCCACCCAGCCCCUCGUGUUCAGUACAUAGUCCCUCCUAUACAGGAGGAGAAGUAUUCUUUCCACGUAGUCGCAGUACACCCAGAAUACCACGCACAAGUGUCAGUUUUGCUGCCGGCGAUGAAGUGAAUUUCUUCCAUCAAACAGCGCCUGCCUCAACAAGUGGCAAUGCACAAACUCAAACUACACAAGCACCUCAGUCAGCUCCACCAGUACCAAACAGUCAUCAUCAUCACAGCCAGCAUCAACUCUAUGGCCAUCAUGGUCAUUUUGCCUACCAUCACAGCGGACCAGGCGGUAGUUACUAUCAGUAUACACCGCCACCCACACCCAACACUGCCACGGCUACCACCUCAACGGGUACUUCAACAAGUGGUAUGUCGCACCGAAGUUUGCAUCGUUCAUUCUCCGAUUCGGCCAGAAGAUCACGUUUAACCUCAACGGGUGAAGAUGAGCGAGAAUAUCAAAGUGAACAUGAGACCAGCUGGGAUGAGCACGAUGAUCGCUAUGAUAAUUUUACAGCAGGCCGUGAAAGGCUGCAGGAAUUCAAUGGACGAAUUCCACCGCGUAAAAAGAAAAAGGAUGUGCCAAAAACCAAACCAGAAAAGAAGGAACAAAGCUUUACUUGGCCUGCUGUCGUCACAGUCUUCGUUUUUGCCAUGGGCUGUGGCUUUCUAGUAGCCCGAUGAGCCUGCACAAUAUUUUGAAAAAAAUGAAUAUGGAAUUAUUAUUAUUUUUUUUAACGAAAAAAAACUUAUUUACAAUACAAAACCGAAACAACGAAUUUAUUUUCACAAAAAUAACUAGUUCAUUGUUUGAGUCAAACAAAGCCACAUAAAGGAUCACAAAGGAAAAAGUCGGCGGGCGCAUUUACAACCAACUCAGAGGUAAAACAUAAAACAAACGGGAUUUACAACAUUACAAUAAAUGGGGUAAGCAACAAUAACAGCAACAACAACAAAAAAACAAGAAGUUUUUCUAUAGUCAAAUUAGUAUUUACUUAAACAAAUAAAUAAAGAAUAGAAAAACUUCUUUAAAAAGAAAGAAAAGAAGUUACAAAUAUUUUUGAAAAAAUACAAAAGAAAACAAACACACACAAUUUAGACUGGCAGCAAACCACAAAAAUAUUAUAAUAUAAACAAAAUAAUUUUUUAAAUAAUAUUAAAUAUAUGUACUCGUAUAUAUGCAUAUUUAUAUGUAUAAUUAUAAAUAUACAAAUUACAAAAUGAUACUGAUUUUUGGUCUAAACACAACUUUUUUGAUAAAAUUUUUAAACAAAAAGAAAAAAUGAAAAACUAUUUUAAGAGAAUUUAAAAAAAUAAAACAUAUUUUUGGUAUAAAUAUACAA